CCAUCCGUAAUUAAACCGAAUGUAAUAUGUCUCGCUUUGAUGUUCUUCCAGCAAAUGUAGGGAUCAAUGCAGUCGUUUUCUACAACGUCAAAAUUUUCGCCUCUGCGGGAACCACGAUAGAUCCCAAUCUUUCCUCUAUAAUCGUGGGAAUUGUUCUGCUCAUCUCGAUCACAAUAUCUGCUUUUCUCAUCGAUAAAGCCGGUAGAAGAAUUUUGUUGAUUAUAUCGGAUUCUGGGAUGGCCAUAGGACUUUUAGGAAUCGGAAUUUACUUUUACAUUAAAGAGCAAAAUGCAAUUGCUCUCGGAGAACGAAUUGAUUAUUGCAACUCGUUCAAUGAGACGGGGGCAGAAUUACAGAGUGAAUCAACUCCAGAAGGAUAUACGUGGAUGCCAUUGGCGUCAUUGAUGUUAUUUGUCCUAUCCUUCAAUUUCGGUUAUGGACCUGUCCCAUGGCUGUACUUAGGUGAAUUACUACCAAGUCACGUGAAAGGAUUUGGUGCAGGAAUCGCAACUGCUUUUUCUUGGCUCAUGGCAUUCUUGGUUACAAAAAGUUAUGAAGACUUUGUGUGUAAUUUGGCUCCAUAUGGGUGCUAUUGGAUGUUUGCAAUAAUUUCCAUCCUUGGAACUGUGUUCUGUUUUCUAUUUGUGCCGGAAACGAAGGGCAUGACGCUGGAUCAGAUACAAGCCGGGUUCAAAUAAAAAAUCUAUAUUACCACAACCUAAAUAGUAUAUAGACAAUUAAGUAUAAUAGAAAUUCUACCUUUUUUACCAACUAUGAUUUUUAUAACACUAUGUAUUACCACAUUGGCACCAAUAAGGUGACUUUUUAUUAAAUCUCAAUAGUCCCACACGUACUUGCCUUAUAUUAAUGAUUUUACCACUCAUUUUUAGAAACUUAAAGCAUCAAGAAUUAUUAUUGCGAUAAAUAUUUUCUCAUUAUAUGUACAUAUUAGAGGGUGUUUAUUAAUUAAUAAAGUAUACCUUGCACUAGCAA